AUGUCUCCAGAGGAAACACUGCUCUGGCUAUCUCUCUUCCUUCUGGUCUCCUUCCCAAUCCCAUCUGCAUCUGUCAACGACGAGCUGACAGUUUACGAAGUCCUGGAAGAGUAUGACUUCCCAGUUGGCAUUCUUCCCAAAGGCGCAUUGGGCUAUGAACUAGACAACUCCACAGGUAAGUUCUCAGUCUACUUGAAUGGCACUUGUUCCUUUUCCAUUGACUCCUAUAAGUUGAAGUACAAGUCCACCAUAACCGGUGUGAUUACGGAUGACAAGAUCUCGAGCUUGAGUGGCAUCGAAGUGAAGGUGCUCUUUUUUUGGCUGAGCAUCGUCAAGGUGAUUCGUGACGACGAUAAGCUCGAGUUCUCUGUGGGCAUCGCCUCUGCGGACUUUCCAGUCGGUAAUUUCGUUGAGAGCCCAACCUGUGGUUGCGGUUUUGAUUGUGUUAAUGGGAAGGGAAGGAAGAUUAAGAUCAAUAAUUUAGUGUCCUCGGCUUAA